AUGUCUACCAUCACCUACCGCGAAGGGCUUAGCGGCCAGGAGAUUCGUCUCCUUCGUCUUCUGCCUGGCGAGUGGCUCGAAGACCUCGUUGCGGAAUUGUAUGUCGCCGACCGGGAUCAAGACUAUGUUGCGUUAUCCUACGCUUGGGGUAGCACACGAAGGUCCAACAAGAUCAUUGUCAACCGUCAUGUCCACUUCAUCACCUUCAACCUCGACCGGGCGCUGAGGGCCAUUCGCCGAACCACAGGAUCCAUCGUCAUUUGGGUGGAUUCCGUGUGCAUCAACCAGGAAGAUGCUGUCGAAAAAAGCCACCAAGUCGGAUUAAUGCACGACAUUUUUGGUUCUGCCACUGAGGUUAUUGCCUAUGUGGGCGAUGGCUUGGAUCGCAGUCGUCAAGAUUACCCUCGCCGCUUCGCAAGACUUGGACUGGCCGAUCCGGUGCGUUUCACUGGCAAACGGACGGACUUGCCUGUUAUCGAGAGAUCGAUCAGUCUUUGGCAGAACUCGACGUCAGGGUCGCUAACAGAACACGAGGAGAUGCUAUGUCUUUACGGUAUUAUUUCGGCCCAACUGCAUGAGAGCUUAACGCAUCCAGCACAGAAGCGGAUGUUUCACCUGGGCAAUGCGAUUGAUGAACGGCGUUUGCGACUAAUGUCGGAGAGAAUCCGUCUUUUCGCCGUUAGCGACUGGUGGAAUCGCAUGUGGAUUAUUCAGGAAGCCUGCGUUGCGAAAGAGCUCACCAUUAUGUACGGUCGCGUCUCGAUGCCGUUCAGCAUCAUUGGACACGGUGUACACGAUAUUUUAAGCUCUUCUGUCCCUGGUAUUACUGAGUUUGCCAAAGUGGUUUCAUUCUUGGCCGAAAAGGCCGACGCGAUCAACUUCCUACGCGUGACAAGAUCCUAUAAAUCGCUACCCUUCGCAAACAACAGCCCGCUCCUCUGGUUGCUGAGAAAUUUCCGGAACAGGCGAUCAUCCGAACCCCGCGACAAGAUAUUCGCCCUGCUUCGACUUGCUCGCAACUUUAAAACGGAAGCACACUAUGCUAAAUUUGACUUGAAUAUCGAUACCGACUACAAAGUCAGCGUCCACACGCUCUUUGCACACGUGGCCUACGAAAUCAUCAAGCAAACUGGUCUGUUCUGGGUUACAACAUUCGACCUCCUCGCGAAAAGUCGAAACGAUGUCCCUUCGUGGGUUCCUGACUGGUCAUCGGACUAUGCGGUCCCCGGUUGGAAUCAACACCGCGUGCGCCUCCACGGAGAGCUCUUUCAGAUGUUUAACGCCAGUCGUGCUAGGUUUCUACACUCCCAGCAUGACGGCUUAGAAGAUCUCUAUGUAUUACCACAGCAGCAUUUCCAACGCUUGGCUGACGGGGAUCUCAUUACCGGUUCCAACUGGCAGCCAAUUCAUCACCUACCCGCUCAGGUAGCUCCAGUACCCCCCGAAGCACAACCGUCAUUUGUCUUGACCGUCUCCGGGGCUGCGUGUGGAGAGAUUUUAGGCGCCACUGAUCCUUUGGCGAGCGACUUUGCCAAUCUCGGAGAGAUACUCUACCAAAUCAUCACAAUAUGCCGGCUUUUCAAGGAUGAAUUUCAGCUCCAAUAUCGCAAGCCCUUUGUGGAGAUCAUUUCGCGUAUUCUUUCCUUUUCGGCGAGAACCCAACGGAGUCCUGGUGGCUAUAGAUCACCACGUUGGCUAAGCAGCACAGAAGAAACACAGUUGUCUUUCUGGGUGUUGGUCCGUUUUCUGGCGUCACCCUUUGCGAACUACUGGCCGCGCAAGGAAUCCUACAGCGAAGACGAUAUCAUGAUCUGGGACAAACACCUCCAGGAGGAUGAAGAAUGCAGCUUGCGCAUCAGCGAGUGCAUUGGCGAUCCUCCACUAUUCUGGACAAUCUCGUCUCAAGCAGAGAUUCCCGCCAGCGACGACGAUCUAAGCCUUCCGCUCUUCACAUUUACCAGCGAUUUCAAUCUCAGAACCGACCAGAAGGAUGUCAAAUCGACGAGAACAUGGCAGGAAGACGAAAGCUGGGUGGAAGGUACCAUCAGAGCCGUGGCCAGCGGCAGUAGACUCUUCGUGACCUCCAAAGGGCAGCUUGGCUUGGGCCCAGAAAAGACGCGCACAGGAGACGCGGUCUGCAUCCUCGAGGGUGGUCUCAUGCCCCAUGUCUUGCGGAAACGAUCAGAAAAACGCGGAGUCACCAUGGUGGGAACCUGCUACGUUGAAGGGCUCAUGCACUGGGGAGGCGAGGCAGGAUACCAUGCGGACAACGCGAGGGACACCGAGGGCCUGGAACACAAGCUGAGGCGACGAUUGCGAGACCGUGAUAUUUCGGAGGAAGACUUUCUGCUUUACUGA